UAGCCUGAGAGGGGUCCUGGACAGUCCUGGCAGUCAAAAUGAGGCUUUACCUCCCCGUCUGCUGCCUGCUGCCUCUACUGGCACUCGCCACUGCAGAUGCAGUGGAGUCUGAGACUGAGCCACUUGUGCCGUUCCAGCUUAAGUCUGAAGGCGAGCUGUUUAACUGCUGUGAUGGUACAGAGGAUAUAAGCCAGAGCUCCUCCAAUGACACUCCUGCACCAAACAGACCUGUGUGCCAACCCUGUGGCACUGGUGCACAUAUUGACACCACGGCAGAAGAUGUCAGCUCUGAGGAUGAAGAGGAAGAGGUUGUUUCAGAAGAGAAAUCUGAAGAGUUGAAUCAAGAGGAGACCUCUUCUGAAGAGAUAUUUGAGGAGGAGGCACAGGAAGAAGAGGCAGAAGCUGAGUUAGAUGAAUCUAAUGAAGCGGCGGUGGAGGAAGUUAUUGAGGAGGCACGUGAAGACGUGAAGGAGGAGGAGACCUCAGAGGUAGACAGUGAUGUAGAGUCACAAAUAGUUGUUGAGGAAUCUGUGGAAGAAGACGACGAGGAAGAUUCUCAGACUGAUGAGGAGGUAGUUGAGGAAGAGGAGGUUCUUCAGACUGAAGAUGAAGCAGGUGAAGAAGAGGAACUUGCUCAGACUGAAGAGGAGGUAGUUGAGGAAGAGGAGGUCCUUCAGACUGAAGAUGAAGCAGAUGAAGAAGAGGAACUUGCUCAGACUGAAGAGGAGGUAGUUGAGGAAGAGGAGUUUCUUCAGACUGAAGAUGAAACAGGUGAAGAAGAGGAACUUGCUCAGACUGAAGAGGAGGUAGUUGAGGCAGAGGCGGUUUCUCAGCCUGAAGAGCCAGUGGAAGAGAAAUCAGAAGAGGUAACGGAGGAAGAAGCUGAAGAAGAGGAAGCUGUAACAGAGGAAGAAGGAGCUCCUGAGGUUGUGGAAGAACAGAAAUCUGUAGAAGAACCAGAAGCCUUUGAAGAAAUGGUGGAAGCAGAAGCAGCUGAGGAACUAGUUGCAGAUAUUGUUGAGGAGGUUGUUGAAGUAGCACAAGAGGCAACUAAGGAGCUUGUGGAACCAACUCCUGAACAGGUUCAAGAAGAUGUUUCUGCACUUGUUGAAGAAACAACAGUGGAAGAAGUGUCAGUUGAUGCACCAGCAACCAAUGCAUCUGCGAAAGUGGAGAAAACAACCCCGUCAGGUCCUACCACAAGAGAUCAGUCUCACAUCGAAGAGACGCUGCGUCUGGCAACAGCUGAACCUUCACGGGAAUUUGUCGAUGCUCUGAAGAAGCUGCAGCAUGUCUACAACACUGCAAUUAAACCCAUGGACAAGGCCUACAAAUACAAUGAUCUCCGGCAGCAUGAAGUGUCAGAUGCAGAGAUCACCUCUAAGCCCAUGGUCCUGUUCCUGGGCCCUUGGAGCGUUGGCAAGUCUUCCAUGAUCAAUUAUCUUCUAGGUCUCGAUGACACUUCACAACAGCUUUACACUGGGGCUGAGCCCACAACCUCAGAAUACACUGUACUGAUGCACGGUGAGAAGUUUCGCACCAUUGAGGGUAUUGUCAUGGCGGCAGACAGUUCCCGCUCUUUCUCACCCCUGGAGAAGUUUGGUCAGGGGUUUCUGGAAAAGCUGGUGGGAAUCGAGAUGCCGCACAAACUCCUGGAGCGCGUCAACUUUGUCGACACACCUGGAAUCAUCGAGAACCGCAAACAACAAGAGAGAGGGUACCCCUACAGCGAAGUGUGCCAGUGGUUUAUCGACCGUGCCGAUCUCAUCUUCCUGGUGUUUGACCCAACCAAACUGGAUGUCGGUUUAGAACUUGAAAUGCUGUUCAGACAGAUGAAGGGACGCGAGUCACAGAUCCGUAUCAUCCUCAACAAGGCUGACAGUCUAACAACCCAGGACCUAAUGCGCGUGUAUGGCGCCCUCUUCUGGAGCAUGGCACCCUUGAUUAACGUGACAGAACCACCACGUGUCUACGUGAGCUCAUUUUGGCCGCAGGAUUACGCUCCUGACACCAACAGAGAUCUUUUUAAACGUGAGGAGAUCUCUCUGCUGGAGGACCUAAAUCAGGUAAUCGAGAACCGGCUGGAAAACAAAAUCGCCUUCAUUCGGCAGCACGGCAUCCGCGUGCGCAUCCACGCCCUCCUGGUCGACCGCUACCUGCAGACGUAUUAUGAGAAGCUGGGCUGGUUUAGUGACCCACAUGAGGUUUUCGAUGAUAUUGUCAGUGACCCUGACAAAUUCUACAUUUUCAAGUCCAUUCUGGCCAAGACCAAUGUGAGUAAGUUCGACUUGCCAGAACCGGAGGCGUACCGGGACUUCUUUGGAGUCAAUCCUCCCAGUGGCUUUAAGCUCCUCUCCUCAUACUGCAGCUGGUCAGGCGGAUGCCAGCUGGAGAAGAUCGAGAAGGCCAUCACAGAUGACCUGCCGGCUUUGCUCAGCAGUCUGGCAGAGAAACGGGAAGCCAAGGCAGAAGCGGCUGCAGAAACCAAGGAGAAACCCCCAAACCGUUGGAGGAGACAGUAACACAAGAAUGGUGGGAGAUGUGGGAAGUAUGGAAGAGUGGCACCAAAGCAAUGAAUGAGAGUA